AUGGCUCACAACUCGACCACGCUCUAUCAAACCAUCACCAAUACCCUCGGUCGUACCAAUACCCGUUCCAACUCUUCCUCCUCUUCAGCAUCCAACAUGAGCCAAUCUUCACAGCGCUCGCCACCGCCCUCCUCGCACAAGCGCACAUCCUCGCUCCACAAGACCAACAGCACGUCGUUCGCAACCUCGUCGCUGCCACGAAAUCUCAUCUUCGAUUAUGUCCGUCCCGAAGAGGUUCGCGCUGCACAUGCCCUCGAGGUCGAAGGCUACCCGCCCGAAGAUGCCGCCAGCUACGAAAGGUUGCUAUCGCGCCAAACAGCAGCGCCGCAUCUCUUCUUGGGUGCCUUCGUGCCCAUGCCUCCGCCAAAAGUUGCUGGCCCUCUCUCCGUCUCCGGUCAACCUCGUCGGAGGAUCGUGGGUUUCAUCACCGGAACCGCUGCACCCGCCCUCACCCUCCGCUCCAUGUCGACGCACGACACAUCGGAAGAUGCGCGUAUCGUCUGUAUCCACUCGGUUUGUGUCGCUCCAGAGAUGCAGCGUAAAGGGCUUGCAACACGCAUGCUCGAGAACUACAUCUCUCGCGUGCGCAAAGCGGAAGAGGGCAAAGGCCCCGAAGGUGACAAGGGCAAGCGCGGAUACGAGACUCUGGCGCUGCUCGCACACGAGGAGCUCACCGGUCUGUACAAGAAGGUCGGCUUCCGUAUCCAGUGCGUCAGUCACAUCCAGUACGGCAGCGGUCAGUGGCUCGAGAUGAGGCGCAGCGUCUACCCUUCUCCCAGCAGCGGAAACGGCAGUCGCAUUGGUGCACAGCUUACCAGGACCACAUCGGCCACUUCUUCUGCGAGCGAUGAUACGCCCGCCGGCCUCAAGAUGAGCUCGGGGUUUCUCGCACCCAUCGAUACGACUCAACCCCUGAAGCCGGAUGCUACGACGUCCGCCGUCUCUACCAUCACCAUCGAAGACAAGAAGCCGCCAGCUCUUUCUGAUGCCAAGUCGAUUUCCGCUUCACCCACAUUGGCGUCGCCACCCGGCAUGCCGUCCCAGGCAUCCAUCAUGGCCGCCCUCGCCGCCCAGUCUCAACCUGGCAAGAGCCCCGGUCAAACGUAUACCUCGAUCCUCGGCCAAGCCGUCGCUGCAAAGACACCCGCCGAGGACGCCGGUAUGGCCCUCGAAGCACGUCUCGUCGAUCGCGAGUCGGGCACCAACCUCGCCAGGCUCUACUGUCCCAUGGACAACUGUCGCUGCUGCAUCCUUGCCAAAGGUGCCGGUGAGUGGGCGCGCAAGGAGAGCGGUCCGCUUUCUAAUCCAGCGCUGCAGCUGCCUAAUUCUCCAUCGCCUCCACAGGCUCCGGCUUUCCCACUGCAUGCUGCCAGUGCAGGUGUCUCGAAUCGAUUGCUGACCAGCGUCAAAGGGUUCUGGAUGGUAGCCGGUCCGCUUCAGUUUGACAACGUUGGCUUCUCACGCGACCUGACCUGGACCGUCCCGCUCGGCAACGAUCCGACAUCACCCAAAGCGACCUCUGAUCAAGCUUCAGGACUCAAUGUCGAGUCACCUGCCAGCCCUCGCACUAAGGCGCAAGAGAAGGAAGCACGAGACAGGCAGAAGAAGGAGGAGAAGGAACGCCUGCGCGAAGAGAAGGAGAAACGCAAGAAGGAGAAGCGCGAUCGCAAGCGUCCCGGCAGCGGCUCGGACGAAUCGGACGAAGACGUGGCAUCCUUGCUGUCGCAUCUCAGCCUAGGUUUGACACCGGGCGAGGAGGUGACGGUCAAGUACCUGCUCUGUCCCGACUGCGAAUGUGGACCGCUCGGAUUCACGAUCUUGCCAGCUGAGAUGCAAGGUGGCAGAUUGGCGGCGGAAGUAGGCGAUGAAGUGGAGAGGAGGAAGGGCGGGACCAUGACGCCGAGCGAGAGCAAGCCGAAGAGGCCACCGCAGGUGUUUUACUUGGCAGCUGAUAGGGUCAGGUAUCAGUUUGAACGGUCGUAG